CUUUCUUUUCUUUCCAUUUACCCUCAAAAGCUUGUGCCGUUUACAAGUCCAACCCGCCCCUUCCCCCCAAGCUGAGAUAGAGCAACCGGAGUAUCAAGCUACACCUUAGCACUCGACUCUGAACGGGAUUAUCAACCGCCGAGGUAGUACCGACUCGUUGCUCUCCAACCCCAACCUCUAGCUUGCAGUCAUGGCAGAUAACGGACCGGGAAUGCUUUUCGUUACCAUGCAACCCCGCCAGGGGUUAUCGGUGGACCAGUUCCACGAGUGGUACAACAACGAGCAUGGCCCAACACGCCUGCGUCUGCCGCACAUUUUCACGAAUGGCCUUCGGUACCAGGCCACCGACAGCCAGGAACCGGAAUUCCUGGCUGUGUACGAUGUGACGUCCAUGGCGCAUCUCGAGACGCCCACCUACACCGACUUGCGCGCGAACCGUUCCCCGCGCGAGGCGGCUACCAUCGCCGGGGUCGACGUCAACCGCAGAUUCUUUGACUUUGUGGCCACGCAGCAGAGCCCCUCAUUUUCGCCCAUCGAGAAGCUAACGGACGACGAAGCAGAGGGUCUCGUGCUCGUGUCGGUUGAGAUCUCACUCCGGCCCGGUGUUGAGGGCGCUGAACACGCCGUAACCGAGUGGUACGAGCAAGAACAUAUCCCGAUGCUCUCCAAGAUCCCGGGUUGGCUACGCAGCCGCGUCUUCCGCACGCCGUCCGCCAUUGAGGGCAACACCAGCGAAGUCAAGAUUGUCACGUUGCACGAAUACACCAAAGAAAAUGGCCUCGGGGGCCCCGAGCACAAGGCAGCCAUGAAUACCCCCUGGCGCGAGGAUGUUUUCACCAAGUACAUUGCCCACAAGGGACGCCGCACAUAUGAGUUGUUUUACGUCUUCGGCCCAGCACCGAGGGAGCUCUGUGCCCUGGCAAGAUUGCCCAAAUCCGCCGCUUUCUCGACCGUGGAUGGGCGGAUAUCUACAACAUCCGGUGAGAAGGACGCGGCAGUCGAGGCUUUCGUCACGACGUCAGACGGUCUCAGCAUCCCGUACCGGCUAGAGGGUAACUCUUCCCCGCGAGCACCAACGUUGGCCUUCUCCAACUCGUUGCUUACCUCAAUGCGUAUGUGGGACCCUCUGGUUGCCAUCAUCAAGGCAGCGCGCCCUGACCUUCGAAUCCUUCGGUACGACACCCGUGGCCGGCACGAUGUUCCCUCUCCGCCUGUGCCCGCCAACCUCGACAUGCUCAGUGAUGACCUUGCGACUCUUCUAUCGGCUCUGCGCGUCUCUAAGCUUCACGCCCUAGUCGGUGUCUCGAUGGGGGGUGCUACCACGCUCAAAUUCGCGAUCAAGUACCCGGCCCUUCUGAACAAGUUUGUCGCUUGUGACUUCAAUGUUGCCUCCAGCGAUGCCAAUACAGCUGCCUGGAAGGAUCGCAUUGCUAUCGCUGAAGGCCCCGAUAGCGGCAUCCGGAAGCUGGCUAGUCAGACUGUCGAGCGGUGGUUCCACCCCCAUACCAUGACGGAGAAGAAGGAUGUUGCAAACUGGAUGACGGACAUGGUUGCUACCAAUAGUGUUCAGGGUUUCAAAUAUUCUUGUCAGGCGCUGUGGGAUUACAACAUGCGCGAUGAGAUGAGCAGUAUUAAAGUCCCCGGUCUGUUGGUUGUCGGCGACGGAGAUGGAAAGGGGGCGUUAGUGAAAGCUAUGGAUGGGUUCAGGGGAUCGCUAGGUCCCAAUGGUGCCGACCUCGAGGUCGUGCCGCGGGCUGGUCAUCUUCCCAUGUCAGAAUCGCCUGCUGAGUUUUGGGACACCAUUUCUACGUUUCUUUAGGACCUGGCCUGGCAUGAGACAGCUAGAAAUACUGCAGCGAUAGGCAUUGUGUACCCCUCCUGGGUACGCUAGUGGUAUCGGGCAACUUAUUGUAGGACCAAGCCUUUUGUUUCAUUAAA